CUGGGAUUGGGAUUUUCCCCUCCCAUGUGCUCCGACUGGCGCUAAAAGUUUUGAGCCUCCCAAAAGUCCAGAGCCACGAUCCUGGGCGCAGGUAGCCGCUGGGCUCCGGGGUCACCGGGCGUCCGGCCUCGGAGCGUGCUUCCCGGGACGGUGACACGCUCCCCCGAGGUUCGGAGAGGAUCACAAACAGGCAGAGAGGCAGGCAGAGAGGGAGGAGGAAGCAGGCUCCCUGCUGAGCAGAGAGCCCGAUGUGGGGCUCGAUCUGAAGACUCUGAGAUCAUGACAGGAGCCGAAGGAAGCGGCCUAACCCACUGAGCCACCCAGUGGCCACACUCCAUUCCCAGGAGCUGCAAUGCAGGACCCACAGUCCGAGCUCACCAUCGACCCCCCUUUAAGCCAGGAGACAUUUUCCGAAUUGUGGAACCUGCUUCCUGAAAACAAUGUUCUGUCCCCUGCAGUGGAUGAACUGCUGUCAGAAGGCGUGAACUGGCUGGGAGAAGGGUCCAAUGACGCUCCCAGGAUGCCGGCGACUCCUGCGCCCGCAGCGCCCGGACCCGCCCCCUCCUGGCCCCUGUCAUCUUUUGUCCCUUCCCCGAAGACCUACCCUGGCGCCUAUGGGUUCCGUCUGGGGUUCCUGCAUUCUGGGACAGCCAAGUCUGUUACUUGCACGUACUCCCCCUCCCUCAACAAGCUGUUCUGCCAGCUGGCAAAGACCUGCCCCGUGCAGCUGUGGGUCAGCUCGCCACCCCCAGCCGACACCUGCGUCCGGGCCAUGGCCAUUUACAAGAAGUCGGAGUUUGUGACGGAAGUGGUGCGGCGCUGCCCCCACCAUGAGCGCUGCUCGGACAGUAGUGAUGGUCUGGCCCCGCCUCAGCAUCUCAUCCGGGUAGAGGGAAACCUGCGGGCCAAGUACCUGGACGAUAGGAACACCUUCCGGCAGAGCGUGGUGGUGCCCUACGAGCCGCCCGAGGUGGGCUCCGACUGCACCACCAUCCACUAUAACUACAUGUGUAACAGUUCCUGCAUGGGGGGCAUGAACCGCCGGCCCAUCCUCACCAUCAUCACUCUGGAAGAUUCCAGUGGUAAUGUGCUGGGACGGAGCAGCUUCGAGGUACGCGUCUGUGCCUGUCCUGGGAGAGACCGGCGCACAGAGGAGGAAAAUUUCCGCAAGAAGGGGGAGCCUUGCCCCGAGCCGCCCCCCGGGAGCACCAAGCGAGCACUGCCUCCCAGCACCAGCUCGUCUCCCCCGCAAAAGAAGAAGCCGCUGGAUGGGGAGUACUUCACCCUUCAGAUCCGUGGCCUUGAACGCUACAACAUGUUCAGGGAGUUGAAUGAGGCCUUGGAGCUGAAGGAUGCCCUGAAUGGAAAGGAGCCAGGGGGAAGCAGGCCUCACUCCAGCCUACAUCUAGGACAAGGAGCCCCAGCCUCCCACUCGCGGAUGUCACCUCUCCCCGCCUUGUCUCCCAACAGCCACCUGAAGGCUAAGAAGGGGCAGUCUACCUCCCGCCAUAAAAAACCGAUGCUGAAGAGAGAGGGGCCCGACUCAGACUGAUGUCCCCUGCUUCCUGCGGCCCCCGCCCCGCCCCUGCUGACCCUUCCCCACCACCCCCCACCCUCCCUCCCUGGCAUUUUGGGGACUUGGAACACCUGCUUGGUGUGUUGACUGCUUUGGUACAGGUGUACUGCACAGUAGCCCGGGGUUCUUCCAUCCACCUUGCCCUAACGCGCUCCUAAAGGAGGUGGCCUCCAAGGUCAGUUGGUUGGGGGGGACGUAGGACGUUCCAGCUGGUUUUUAAAGAUUUUUACUGUGAGGAACCGUGGGAAAGGUAGGAAAAUGUUCCUGAAUGUCAGGUGCAUUUUCGAAGCCAUCACAGACUGGGCUCUGAGCCCAGUUCUCUACCGUUUUAGCCAGUGGUUGAAAUUUCUUAAUUUCAUAGUCCAUUUUUAUGAAAUUCUGAUAACCAUACCUACCUCACGAAGUUUGUUGUGAGGGUGAAUGUCUGACCCCCCCAAACAGCCCUUUUCUCCCAUGGUGCCUGUGCCUUGGUGCCUUCGUGGGUGUCGUUGGUUCCCUGUCCCUGCUGGUGGGUCAGGUUACAGCUUCUGUGAUGGGCAGCUGGCGAGGGGUCCCCACCUUGCUGGCAUGGCCAAAUCCUGUCUAACCUCCUGGGGAGCCCCGGCACCCCCAGCAUCUCAUCCCAUCUCGCAGCCCGGAGGACUGAUUCCACCCCAUGGUGUCGGGUCUGUAUCUGCCGAGGGCUUUUGCCUCCCCGCCUGGUUCUGGGUGAAUUUCUUCUGCACUCUGCACUCAUCACCUAUACCCCCUCCUCCUCUUCCCCUUUUAUAUCCCCUUUUUGUACCGAUGCAUCAUUUUACAAUAAAACUUGGUACCACC